AUGGUUGAGCACAGUGUUUCUGUGCAUGCGGGGCAAGACGGCCAGUUUCGUCGGCAGGUAUCUGCGUUUCGGAAUACGAUUUCGCCCGACGGCCCGCACGAGCCCGAACGCGGGAGGUACAUUCUGUACUGCGCAUUGAUUUGUCCAUGGGCAUGUCGUACGCUUCACACACGCGCACUCAAGCAGCUCGAGGAGAUCAUCGACGUGGCCAUCGUGCAUUACGAGCUGACGCCGAACGGGUGGUCUUUUGCACGGGUCGAUGAGGUGGAAACGGGCGAUCCAGUGCAUGGACUCGAGAACACCAAGCAGCUCUACCUCAAAGCCGAUCCGAACUACACGGCUCGAUACACGGUGCCUAUUCUGUGGGAUAAGAAGUUGGGGACGAUUGUGAACAACGAGUCGUCGGAGAUCAUCCGUAUCCUCUAUACGGCUUUUGACGAUCUACUACCCUCCGAUAGCCCUGCGAGGGGCAAAACGUACUAUCCCGCCGAAGCUAGAGCCAAGAUCGACGAGCUCAACGAAUGGAUCUACCGCGAUCUCAACAAUGGCGUGUACAAGACUGGAUUUGCAACGACGCAACAGGUGUACGAUCAAGAAGUGGAUACCGUCUUCCAGGCGCUCGACCGUCUGGAGAAGGUGCUGGGAGAUGGAAGGAGGUAUCUUGUGCCGGAGAUCGGAUUGAGCGAUGCGGAUAUUCGACUGUAUCCGACGCUGGUGCGGUUUGAUGUGGCGUACCAUACGCUGUUCAGGUGCAACACCGGCAUGAUUCGUCACGACUAUCCCCAUGUGCAUCGCUAUUUGAGGCAGCUCUACUGGGGCGAAAGCGCGUUCAGGGACUACACCAACUUUACCCACAUCAAGCGCGGCUAUGCGGGAGUGGGCGCCAACAAGGGCAUCGAACCAAGGGGGCCUCUUCCGCAUGUACUGCCGCUGGAUGACUAG